UUCCAGAUAGGAUAGUUUCAUCACUAGUAAAUUUUCUUUUUAUUAGUAACGGAUUUUCUACAGUGAAAUUUAAUUUAAAAAUAUCUGUGUGUAUGUUUUAGACAACCAACCAGGCAUUACAGUCGCCCCUCCCACUACGGAUAUUACAACAGGUAAAACCACCAUGAAAUCAUCCACAGCAUUAGUGACAACAUCUCCAACAAUGUCAUCAACAACAUCACCAAUAACUUCGCCAACAACAUCACCACCGUCUCCAACAAUGUCACCAACAACAUCACCAACAACUUUGCCAACAACAUCACCACCACCAACAACAACAACAUCACCAAUGCCACCAACACCAUCAACGUCACCAACAACUUCGCCAGCACCACCACCAACAUCACCAUCAACAAUGACAUCAACGCCACCAGAAACAACGCAACCAACAACCCAAAUACUAACAACAUCAAAAUUAUCAACAUCAGUGAGAAAAACAACCACAACAGGAAAACUACCCACCACCUCAGCAUCGAGCAUAGAAACCUCAAUGGCAGCUACCACCAAGGUAUCAACACAAACAGAUGUAACCUCACCUCCAGAUAUAGGAACACUUCUUCCAGAUGUAUCUUCGUCUGACAUUCCAGAGACUACAAAACCUGUUAUGAAAAUUACCACGUCUGAAGAAGUACAAUUAACAACCAUACCUGGUAUUAAAGAUGAACAAGAUAAUAGCUCUGGGGGUAAUAAUCCAAGCACAGCUCUAGCCAUUGUUAUUCCAGUGUGUAUCACAUUCUUAGUAGCUGUUUUCAUCGUUAUGUUCUUCUAUCGACGAAGGUAAUUUAAUUUAAUUUAAUGUAAUCAUUUGUCACAACACAAUCAUUACGCAUACAUCUACAAUAAACAGAGGACACAAGUGGGACUGAGGAAAGGAACAGGACUUGCGUCCCAUUGACACCUGUCCCCAACAUUAAAACUAGACUUUGCUGCUUGUUGCACACCGAGCACAAUGACUUUCCUCAUGAUUUCGUGACAAAGGACUGCAGGUACACAUAGGAAUUAUAGUCAUUCGUAAGCGAAUAUAUCAAUAUUUCUAACUAUUUCUCGAAACAAAUCACUAGCCAAACCCAAAACUUAUUUUGCAACAGGAUCGGUUCCUUUCACGAUUUCUUGUUGUAAAGUGUAAGGAGCCUCAGGAAGGCCAUGAGAUCAAGUGAGCAACAAGCACAUUAAAACAUAAACAGCAGUACUUUAGAAACUCGUUCUUUGUCAGAUCUGCAAGUCUGUGGAACAGUUCAACAGUCUACCAGCAAAUCUAAAAACCUGUGGUUCGCUUAACUCUUUCAAAAUUAAUAUGCGUAAACAUUAUGUAUCUAAGUUACCUUCUUACAGCCCUCCUGGUUUUACUUAGAUUUAUAAGUUAUAAAAGUUAUUUGUGUAAUGUAAUGACAUUCCACAAAUAAAUUUUAUAACUUAUAAAUAUAAUGUUGGUUGUGAUCAAUCUUUCCGUGUACGUCAUUUCAUUUGGGUAAUUUAGAAUAAACUUAGUUGCUCUCCGCUGAACGUUCUCGAUUAAUGAUCGAUGUUUAGCGGCACUGGGUGACCACACGUUACUAGCACAAUCUAACUUGGGUCUGACGAGCGUGCAGUACAAUAAUCUCCUUGUAGCGAAAUCAGUUAUGCCCCUGCUUAUCAUUUUAAUGAGACCCAGUGUCUUGUUGGCUUUGUGACCAGUUUCUCCAUAUACUUUUAUUUAAAAAAAAUUAAAUGGUACGUUAGAACACAUUUAAGCAUUCCAAACAAUCAACUACUGUCAUGUAAUCUUUUUCAUGUUAUUUGUUCUACUUUACGUCAGACAAAGCAAAGAUAAUUCAACACAAAGGUCGACAAACGGGGGAAAUCAACAUUCAAAUCCAGAAUAUAAUGCAAGGUAAAAAUUAUAAAGUGUGGAGUGUUCUUACCACAGCUCUCUUUCCCUUGUGGUAUACAACGCUAGCUUUAGUUACGGUGCAGGUUUCUGACUUUUAUGCUGGAUGAAAUCACUAUAUCCUAUCGUUUUAAUCCAUUGAUAUUUGACUGAUCAAAAUAACCAAGCAUUUGCCUCUGGUAAGUGACAACACCAACAUUCUGACUUGUCCAAGUAUGCUAUUUAGGUCAAAUAAUUGGAAAUGUUUUAUAAAAUUAAAGAAUUGAAAUUAAUUAUUUUAAACCAGGCUCAUCAUUUGAAAGUUAGUGUCUUACACCAUUAUCUUUUGCUCUUAUUUAUAUGACUCUUCAUCCACAAACCGACCAUUUCAGAACCUUUUCAUUUCUCUGUGUAAGCAUCCGCCUCGUUCUAAAUAAUUUUUAUCAGGGGCGGAUCUAUACCGUGAGGGUGUAGGGGGUGGCGCACCCCUACAUUUUCGAAUAGGGAUUAGCGGAACUUCUACUGUUAGCGCGUGUCGGUUUUUUGAAAUGAUUUCAUUGAUUUGUGAGCUCACAAAAAAAACAAAAACGCUUUGGGUAGUUACCAUGGUUAAAUACGUAAACAUGUCAAGGUUGGCAUACACCCAUAUUUUCAAUGUACUCUAUAACAAGCAAAUUUACUGUACUCUGCUACAGCAACUGUCCAGUCACGCAUACGUGUCACAAAGCCGAUAUAAACUUUAUGAACAAAAGAUAAUGUAAAACGUAACGGCAAACAUGUAGAAUCGGCCAUCUCAAAUAAUGGUAAUGUUGGGAAAGUAGCGUUGCAGACUGCAGAGGAGAGUGGGCAGUACUGGCUCCCCCUCAUGCACUACCCAUGGAAAACCUGCACUCCUCCUUGUGGCUACAUCCGCCCCUAACUUUUAUAUCAAAUCAAAUAUUUAAUGUUAGGGACGACAAACCGCAAGUUCAUGAGAGUAGACAGGCGAAAAUUCUCUUAAAUUAAAACAUCCAAUUUUAAAAGCCUAAGAUAUUUAUCAUUUGAGCAAGUUGAAAUAUUGGUGUCGCCACCGUACUGUGAGCGGUAUGUUUUAUUUUAUUUGUCACAAUAUACCUAUUUACAAUGAUAAAUAGGUAUGUAGAGUUUUGAAGAAUGUUCUAUAUUCACUUUCUAGUUUUCAGUCUCCUGAUAAAGUCCGUAUUCUACCAAAUGGUGGAAAGCAAGUGGAUAUUUCUUCAGGCGAUAAAAACAAUCCACUUUAUGAAUCUGGAGAAUGUCACACAUACUGUUCAAUUGAGGAUGUACAAAACCAAUAUAAGAAAGAAAUUGGUCUUAGAACCAAACCUUCUCAAAGUACUCUUUAUGAGACACCAGUAGACCCGGGCGCUUCCACUUCAGCCUUCAACCCAGGUCAUAUCAAGGGUAAUGAAAAUAUAAAUCAUUACGACGUUUCGUCUUUGACAACUUCUAAUCGACCAAACGUACCUCCUAAAAACAGUGCUUACGAGACACCCGUAUACCAGGGCGCUUCCACAUCGUCUUUCAAUCCACUGUAUACCAAAGGUAGUGAAAACACAAAUCCUUAUCAAGUGGUAGAUUUGGAAAGUUCUAAUUCACCAACCAUGCCUCCUGAACAGAGUGGUUCUGAUACACCAUUGUCCACCGCACUUAGUACAUCCUAUGAUACACCACAAUCUCACUACAAAAGCCCGGGUAACCCAUACGACACAAUGAUACCAAAGGAGGACACCAACCCUGCAUAUGACGUUUCUCCAAUGAAUACAGGUAACCAACCGCCACGCACUUCGUAUCAGAAUGUCCCAAACGGCAACAAUAAUCCACACUACCAAACACCCACGACCAAACCUGGCACAGACGUUUAUGAAGUAAUGCAUGGAAGAAACAGUCUGGUCGACGUUGCAGAUAAUACAGGAAUGACUCAAUGCUAACCCGUUCAGUAUUUUAUAGCACGUUUUUGACGGCGUUUUUACAUGGUAAAAUGUAAUUUGUUUCUAUGUGCUGUACAUAUUCUUAGUAUAUAUAAUGUGAAGCUGAAUGCUCAAUGUACAUUGGAGUUUUGAAUAUCAAGUCAGUUUAUAAUAUAGAAUUU